GACAACAAUUCGUAUAUCACCAACUCAUCAUCUGACAGUUUGACGGAUAAUUGCGGAGAAUGAGACGAGUAAAAUUUGCUAAAGAACCACAGAAUGAAAAUUUCAACUCCAAUGCCUUCUAUGGACAAUCAAACAAUCCCGAUAGAUCGUCAUUCGCCGGCACUCUUCCAUCGAAACAGAGAAAAAUUUACGAAAUGUGGCCAGGUGGUGAUCCUAAUAAGGUUCCUUUUACGAUGAACACAAAAUCUCCCAGGGAAGGCAUCAAGAAAUCACCCGCAGUCAAUCACUAUGCUGAACCCCAAAAAAUGAAUUACAAGACAACAUGGGAUCUUCGGGAUCAAUCUCUUUCCAGCCUCCCAAUCACCCAUCAAAUGUUAAUAUGUAUCCACACCCCGGUAUGCGACACCCAUGUCCCACUAUCUUCAAUCCAAGUUAUUGGUGGCCACAGACACACGGUGAAAACACAACGUUCCCUCCUCAUUUUCAAAUGCCUCCGGAUACCUACGGUUACAGUAAGCCCCCCAAUAUGUUCCAGAAUUAUCCGCCGCCACAACAAUUCGGAGCCAACCAAUACUCCACAAUAUCACAAGCACCAAUGUAUGGGUACAAUCAACCAUCCCAGCCUCGACCAUCCUGUAUCAAGAACAAGAUUCAACCAAUACCAAAACCUCAGUAUCACGCGAGCCAGCAACAAAACCCGGAAUUACAAGGAGGCGAGGCUCAUAUUGGAAACGAACGUCCAGGUACAUCCGCGACGAAAAAGACUGACGCCACUCCGACGAAAGGCAAAGCCGAAAAAUACAAACCAAAAAAGAUAUUUGUAUCGACGAAUGCUCGGGGUCUGCAAGCAUGGUCGGAAGUUAAACAGGAUACAAUGGUCGUUUUUGAAAUAAUUGGCAUUCUUAAUUCUCAAGUUACGUCGGAAGGAGUGAAAUAUUGCAAAUCAUUUCUAAUCAAAGAUGGACAAGGCCACGUGAUCAACUGUGAAUUUUAUGAAACGGAUCGUCAGUUGUGCCGUACGUGCCGAGGAAAAAUGUACAGAUGCGUCGGAGAUUUCAACGUAAGACGUGGCAUAUUUCACGCUGUGUGCGUGCGUGAAGCUGACGAGAAAGAUGUCCGUUUGUACAGAAAGCUAGUAGCUGUAGCUAACGCAACUCUGAAAAAUUUCAAGGAAAAUUAUAACGCCAAAAAUUGAGGUUAUAACUGUUCUUGUUUUUUGAUUAUUGCUACGUUCACAAGGUUUUUUCUUUAGUACGACACUCGAUGCGUGUGGUUUCUAAAUCUCCUGCUUCGUAAGUGAUUGCACCAUGUUUCCCGGCGAAAGCAUGCCGUCUGAUUUGUGAUCUAAUUCACGAUAUUGAUUCUAAAAAUGUUCUCAUAUUUUUAGUUUAAUGCAGAGUUUAUUUAUUCUCGUUCUCAAUGGAUUUUAUUUUUCUACUUUAACAACAACACUAUAUACUUUGAAA